AUGGCCCUCGUUACCUCUACUGGACAACAACUCGUCGCAUCCGGUUAUCCACAACAAAAUGUGCACAGAUUCUCCAACCUAAUGGCUCCGACAAUGGUUUUGCAAGGACACGAAGGAGAAAUCUACUCAGGAGUGUUCAGUCCAGAUGGAACCUGCUUGGCGACUAGUGGAUACGAUCAAAAGAUUUUCUUCUGGAACGUCUACGGAGAAUGCGAGAACUUUUCCACUAUCAAAGGACACGCUGGAGCCAUCAUGGAUAUCAAGUUCAGCACUGAUUCUGGAUACUUGGUCUCCUGCGGCACUGACAAGAGCGUCCGUCUCUGGGACAUGGAAACUGGAACUUGUGCCAGAAACUUCAAGAGUCACACCGACUUUGUCAAUGCCGUUCAUCCAUCUCGCCGUGGUGUCACUCUUGUUGCUUCUGCAAGCGACGAUGGAACUUGUCGUGUGCACGAUCUCAGAACUAAAGAGCCAGUGAAGACCUACAUCAACAAAUACCAACAAACUGCAGUCACAUUCAACGACACUUCGGAUCAAGUGAUUUGUGGAGGAAUCGACAAUGUGCUCAAAGUCUGGGAUAUGCGACGUGACGAGAUCACCUACACUCUCACCGGACACCGUGAUACCAUCACUUCGAUUUCCUUGUCACCAACUGGAAAAUACGUGAUUUCCAAUGGAAUGGAUUGUACCGUCCGUCAAUGGGAUAUCCGUCCGUUUGUCGCUGGACAGCGUGCCGUUGGAGUAUUCGCCGGACACAACCACAACUUCGAGAAAAAUCUUCUAAAGUGCGCUUGGUCGCCGUGCGAGAGAUACAUUACUGCCGGAUCUUCUGAUAGAUUCGUCUACGUUUGGGAGGUACUGACAAAGCAGAUCAUGUACAAGCUCCCUGGACACAUGGGAAGUGUCAACUGCACCGAUUUCCAUCCAACAGACUCUAUCUUGCUCUCGGCCGGAAGUGACAAACGCGUGUUCCUUGGAGAGAUCGACAUGAGCUAA